CACGGAUCUGUCCGAAAGGCACUCAGAACGUUGCACGUGGAUUGUUGUGGCAACUGCAAAACAAGUAAACAAAGCCUGGAUCAUUCCUUCUCACCACGGAAGGCUCACUCGGCCGGGAUCAUUUUCUGUCUCAAGACGCGCAUCCGUUGACGGCCUCUUCCUGCGUUUCACCGACAUGUCUAACGAGCCCUCUGAGAAUUGGGAUGAUGACUUUGAAUUUCAACCGAACGAACAUCAACGAUCUGAUUACAUUGACGAUAACGCCCGUUUCACCCAUAACGUAAACCACCGCGAAACGACAGCUUCACGAUCCACGAACAAUUAUUUGAUGCCUAACGAUUACUCUGACAAUACAACGCACUCUCGCUUCAGUAUCAACUCGGCUGCUUGGGAUGACCCUGAACCUGGUCCCUCCAAGCUGCGCUUGUCGACCCACAUCACUGACGUACGCGCCCACCAGCCUAAUCUUACUCUAUGGUCUGAGGAGGCAGAUCAUCAACACAACUAUGAUCAUGAUUUUGGUCUUGCAAAUCACGGAGACGACUUAGACCAAACUGUCACAAACAAAGGGACAUCCCGGAGCCACAACUCCACACCACCUCAGCCAUCAUCCUCCAUUUCACAUCAUGUACCACACAGGCCCUGUGCUACUGAUGGGAUGGGCGAUAGCCUUCAUGGCCGUGAGUUCGGAGAUGCCACACAGGCGGGUUCAUCAAUAGCCCAUGCCCGCUCAUCCUCCGUAGCAUCGACCAGCUCCCGUCACCACUUGAAAGGCUACCAGACCCCGUCCUCUUCAUCGCUAAACCUAACUAGCCAUUUUAUGUUGCGGAACCGGUCUCAUACCCCAGAUCCUCUUCCCUUAGCCACGUCACCCACCUUGUCGACGUUUUCAAGUCCGUCUCACAUGGCGGUUAGCUUUGCAACCUCCUCCCGCCCGUUGAUUACCCCUCCCCCUACGUCUCCGCCUCGCCCUCGUAGGCGGUUGCGCAAGAAGUCGCGUCCACAAGAUUUCGACCCCAAUGCUGCGAAUUCCUAUUCUGGCGAUUCGUCGGGAUUGCGCUCAUACACUCCCUUCAGCUGUGUCGAUGAAGAUGAAGAUCAACCGUUAUUCGAUGAUAUUCCGGAGGAGCGUGUAUCGGGUACCAUCACUCCAUUACCGGUGCGAACAAAGUCUCCGAGUCCCCGACUGAUAUCCAACGAUUCCCCUGCUACUUUUCCGGUUCCAAUGCCAUCAUCUCCACCGACAAAAACCCCAUUGCUUUCCCGUAUCAGCUCCGUGAAACGUUGGCGAUCGCGCCGAUCUUCUCAGACCAGCAAAGAUUUCGCUGGAGACAUUUCUGUCGAUUCCGGUACCAGCAUCCCUUACCAACCACCUAAAACACCAGAGCCGUCUUUCUCGCGAGCUGUCACCCCAGCGUCGCCUUCAACGAGCCGAAAUUGGCUUUUUAGGACUACUCCUAGCCCCAACUCAAAGCCAACGCCAGAUCCUGGGCUCCAUCUCAGCAACAGCAACAGUGCGUAUCCCACGUCCCGUUUCAGGAAGCGGAGCUCAACCACUGCCGGAGCUGUGUAUCACGAGGAUCAGGAAGGUCAUGACCUCAAGGGCAAGAAAAAGCGAUCGAGCGGUAUCGUUUCCCGUGUGCUUGGGAUAUCUAACCACACAAUGACGGACGUGAACCUUACCCCAAAGCAGAGUAGAACGACACUUCGGCAUACUGAUGGUGAUCUUUCAAUGAGAAGGCCGCUUUCCCUACAGGCUCAGCCAAGGUUGUCUGCUCGGAAUGCCCCAGUGGGUCGCUCUUCGUCAAAGCCCUUCGUUACAGCAGGUUCAAAAGAGAAUUCCGGCAGCGAUCACUCCAGUGGUGGUAGGCAGUCACUGGACUUAACCAAGAAACGCGUGCCCAGUUUCAACAGCCUUAAGCAUUCAGGUCACCAGCGAAGUAUUUCCCUUACCUCUGACCCAGAUGAACCCAGCUAUGGUCGCGCAGCGGUAACCUCCAUUCUGGAAACUCCACCCCCCGUUCCUCCUCUUCCUUCUAGUGUCACUGCAAUGACCGAACCAUCGCUUCUCCCUCCCAUCAAUCUCAGUCCACCCUCUCCUCCCCGUAAUGCCUCGAAGCCAUCGUGGAGCCCUUGGGCAGCUCAGGGUAACGAGUUGUUGGCUCCUUCAACUCCGCCCAAGGCUGCUAUUCAAGCACUUGCCAACUCCAGCCUGCUCAACAGGAUUAUCGGUAAGAAAGGGAGCGCCCCUCCGUCUCCUGGUCAGUCUUUCUCCCUAGGACGGGCGAUGCAGCACAAUCAUGGUCAGCUAUUAAUGGACGUUGCCUCUGCGGCUCAAGGAAAUGGGGCACCUGUCGAGGGCUCUACUGCAAGUUUGCCUAAUUCCUUUAGUUCAACGCAUCUGCGACGAAGCAGCCUAGGGGAUCUGAAGAUUCCUCCGAGAAUAAGCAUGGCUCAAACUGGUCUUCGUAGCAAUCUUGUUAUGGUUCGCGAAUUUGCAAAUAAGAUUGAUGAGCUUCAAAAGCUAUGUGACAUGCGGGCACAACUCCUGAUCGAUCUAAAGCAUAGCGAUGACACUUUGAAGGUAUCUAGCCCACGUUUCCUGUGGAUCAAUCCAGAUCUUCAAAGAAUCGAGGAGCAGUAUGCAUUAUGGUGGGAGUGCGCCGAACUUCUGGUGGAUCUUGGGGGGACGGGGGCGGGCAGGGACCAAGAAGGCCAUUCGACUACCUCGGCAUCCACCUCUGCGCCCCCUGCCCUUCUGACACAUGACCCGACGGUUUUGGAUGAGGACAAUACGCUUACCGUGGUCACGGUAAAUAAUCGAGAGCGUGCAAUCACGCUCACCGGCGGUCAUGACCCUUCAUCCAUGCCCCCAUCUCCAGAGAAGCCUUCAUUAUCUCCCAAUGUUCCUGCGUGGCGCGCGUCCACCGGCCGCCACGAUCUUUCCACUCGACAGCUGACAUUACUCAGGGACAUGCUCGAAACCCCCGAUCCUGCAAUAUUCAACAGACUACACACGCCAACGAGCAGCGCCUUCAGAUCUGCCUCCCAGCCUAACCAGGCGUCGGCUUCCGCAAUUACCCUCCCGUCUAUUCCCUCUUCACCUGCACCCGCCACUGCAGCUUCUUUAGCGUCAGGAUCUUCGUCUGCUUUAGACCGCAAUGAAAAGCCAGUCACUGAUCGUGGAAGAGGCAAGUCCCAUCAGAGUCGCAAGACUGGAUUGGUUGGCAUUCGCGACAUUCUCCGGCUUCUCACGAAUAGACCUCCUCUCCCAAGUGCCAAUGGUGCACCCCCUUCAAGCUGUUCAUCUCGUAGCGAGGUCGACCUCAGCGCUUCUAGACGGCUCCAGCACCGCAAACGAAAAAGCUCAGAGCCCCAGAACAGUGUAGGGCCUUCAGCAAAACAGCAUCCCCGAAUUGCCUCUCCAUGCCACGACGAGGGGAAAAACACGUUGAAUUUUAAGGAGCACCGAAAAUCACCUAGACGUCCCUCCCUGGCGUCAAUUUUCCGUAUCGGUCAAAGCCACGCGAACGUUGGUAGCAACCCAGUGCCCCCGUUAGGUCAGAAUCGAAGACGGAAGUUCGAGCGGCGACGGCGUGCUGUUACUGAUGCUACUUCUUUGCCUCAUCCUCCGCCGUAUCAAGGGAAUAAUGCCUCUGCUCAGCUCGCAGAGAGUAUCACAACGGAGGAAGAAGAGUAUUCCGAUUGGGAUCGCAUCGAUAGCGCUUCAGAUCUUGAGAUAGCACGGUCAUCAGCUCUUCCUCGCGCAACUUUGGGGACACUGAAAGGACGGGUACAACCACCUUCGCGUGCCGAGGAGUCUGGGCGGGAUGUCAGGACACCAAUACCGGCUCGCGUUGUCAAAAAUGAUUCACAGGUUUCUUUUGCGGACCGUUCUUCAGUUAAACCUUCCAGGGAGACUACUCAUUUCGAUCCCGGAGGGUUACGUGCGUUCGCGGCGCAAUCGCCAACGGUACGCAGCGCACCUCCAAAAAUCCCAGGUUUAGGCGAAGGUUACAAGCUCGCGUUGACUCCAGAGAACAUUCGACCUUUGCUUGAAUACGCUAAGGAGGUUGGCUCGCGUGUUGGCUCAUGUGUCGAGGAGCUGAAAGAGUUGAAGCAGCUUCGCCUUGUGGAGAUUGCUACAUGAGGUCAUUCAUUGCCCUCCGCAAUUGCUUAUUUCGUUUACCACUGCAUCUUUUUUGCUCGCAUAAUUACAUGAAUUGUUAUAGCAAACAGAUAUAUAUACCGGUCAG